GGCUUGAAUCCUACAUCAUUAUCGUAUUACAAUGGUAUAAAUACUAUAUGAGUUUCUCAUCCGCAGAUAAACACAAUUACAAUUCGGGCAAUCCCUGAUUGUCCACCAGUAAUCGUCGCCCGUGGGAAGUCCCGCCCAUUAACGACUGCAGUUGGACGGAUGGCAACUGGUUUAACCUCGGCGCUUCCUGAUUGGCUGGAAAAGUUGUCUGUUUUGGUGGCAGGCCAGGAGUCUGGAAGGGGAGGGGAGCCGUCUAGCUUCCGGUUUUGGGCUGAAAUUGACACACAAUGAGUCUGGAAGAGCGACGGAAAAGCUUCUGUAAAUAAACAGAGCCGCCGCACCGGAGCAGCAUGGAGGACCAGUGUACCGUACAGGUGAAACUGGAGCUUGGCCAUCGGGCUCAGUUGCGGAAGAAGGCCACGUCUGAGGGUUUCACUCACGACUGGAUGGUGUUCGUGCGAGGUCCUGACAACAGCGACAUCCAGCACUUUGUGGAUAAAGUUGUCUUCCGCCUGCAUGAGAGUUUCCCCAAGCCCAAGAGAGUGUGUAAGGAGCCUCCGUAUAAGGUGGAGGAGUCCGGCUAUGCUGGGUUUCUGAUGCCCAUAGAAGUCUACUUUAAGAAUAAGGAGGAGCCUAAGAAGGUUCUGUUCAACUAUGACCUUUUCCUGAACCUGGAGGGCAACCCACCUGUCAAUCACCUCCGCUGUGAGAAGCUCACCUUCAACAACCCCACCCGAGACUUCCGCCGCAAGCUGGUCAAAGCUGGGGGGAUCAUUGUAGUGCCGGAGGGGGCAGAGGUCGUGUCCCGUCCGAGUCCGGACUACCCCAUGCUUCCGACCAUCCCCCUGUCUGCCUUCUCCGACCCCAAGAAGAAUAAAAGUUCACAGGGUUCUAAGGAGCUCAUAAAAGAAAACAGUAGCAAUUCUAAAGCUCCCAAACCCCACAAACUGGCCAAGGAGCAUCGUGAGCGACCUCGCAACGACUCCGACAACAAAGCCUCAUCCAAGGGAGAAGCCGAUCGAGACGGCGGUAGCAGCAAAGGCAGCCGCGAGCCUUCCUCCUUCUCUUCCUCAUCCUCGUCGAAGAAGCCGGAGAUCAAAGGAAAAGAAGAAAACAAAACGGUGCCCAAGGCUGCCUUCAAGGAGCCCAAGCUGACCUUGAAAGAGCCCAAGAUAGAGGGCGCGUCCCCUAAAGGAGGCGGGGCAGGGGGCGGGGCCUCGUCAGAUACCAAGUCUUCCAGCAAGCGCCCUUCUAACGCUGAUUCGCCCAAACCUGGUAUCAAGAAGCCCAAAAAGAACAUAACAGAAGGGCCAAAAAGCUCAGGGGGUGGGGCUUUCCCUGGCACCUCCCCUCGGGUCUCUUCCUCUGCCGCCCCACCUGGGUACGGAGAAAAGAAAGGCUCAAAGGAGCGUGCACGUUGGGCAAAGGGCAAACCUGACACGCAAGACAUCAAGGAGCCGAAGAAACCGCCUGAGACCGAUGACUCCAACUCUGACGACGAGGUCUCGUCCAAGUCUGAGCAGUCUGCUCCCUCGAGUCCAUCAAACUCCAGCUCCAGCUCAGACUCCAGUUCAGAUUCUGACUUUGAACCGCAGCAGAAACAAGGUCAAGGGCCCCUGCGCUCUAUGGUAGAAGACCUCCAAUCUGAAGAGUCCGACGAAGAUGACAGCAGCUCUGAUGAAGAGACACCUGUCAAGAACAACCCACCCAACCGUGACUCCAGACUAAGCUUGGACAGCGAAAGUGACAGCAGUGAUGGGGCCCAUCGUCCAAGCCGAGACCCGCCUGUCCUGCCCCCCAAACAUGCGCCCCCCAAUAACAAGGUAGCAGGCAGGAAAAGUCCAGACGCCUGCCUGAGGCAGGAGAAAGCUCUGAAGAAGGUCUACGACAAGGCCUAUACAGAAGAGCUUGUGGAUCUCCAUCGCAGGCUUAUGGCACUGAGGGAGCGUAAUGUCCUACAGCAAAUUGUGAACCUCAUUGAAGAAACUGGUCACUUCAACGUCACCAACACCACCUUUGACUUUGACCUGUUCUCAUUGGACGAGUCAACUGUCCGUAAACUGCAGAGCUACCUUGAGGCCACUGCCACGUGACAGGAAGUUGUUGUUUUCAGGGGUGGGGCUUGCCCUCAUUUUAGGCUUUGAUAUUGAGGGUGGGCUCAAGGUUGCAGCUAGAGGAAAAUAAACAGUGGAUGAAUGAGGAUGAAAGCGGAAGUGUCGAGGUUGAGAAUGAAGAGGCCCACAGCGCAAGAGGAGAUGGGGCCUGACGGGUUUUGAGGACCAAAAGGAGAAAGAAACCACUUUUCCUUUGCACUGCACUGUAGUGUUGGUGGGUGUGGCUAGAGUGCCGUAAACCCCAGGAGGCGUGUCCUACGUGUAUCUUCUGUUAACACCCAUCUGCACCACUUUUCGUUUGCUUGUGGAAACCUGGACCCCCCCCCCCC